ACCGCCGACCGCGACGCAUGUCCCGCUCCCACCGCCGACCGCUCGAAAACGAUAGUGAUGCGGUGUACAAUCAAAACUAACUAGUGAUUUGUGAUAAUUCAACUGUAUUCAGCUGUUUUUAUUGUGAACGAAACAUCAACCACAAUGCCGCUCCAAAUCCGAAGAAACCGCUGCUCCUCAUUCGUGAGGGAGAACCUCCUGACACUGCUGACAGUCAUCGGCGUGGUGGCAGGAACUAUCCUGGGAUGCUGUCUCCGAGCUUCAGGGCAGGAGUGGUCCCGGCGUGACGUCAUGUACUUCCAGUACCCUGGAGAGCUGUUCUUGAGGAUGCUCAAGUCCCUCAUAGUUCCUCUGCUGGUCUCCAGCAUUGUAUCAGCUAUUGGUUCUCUGGAUUUAAGCUUAUCUGGCAAGGUUGGUCUCCGUGCUAUCAUAUACUACAUGACCACGACGAUAUGCGCCGUGAUGCUGGGUAUAGCCUUGGUCACCACCAUCAAGCCGGGCAAGGACUCCGAAGACUACACCCAGCCGAACUCCACCAAGAUCGUGGUGAAAGAUACCCUCACAUCCGAUACAUUGCUGGAUUUGAUCAGAAACGUGUUCCCUGAGAACCUUGCGCAGGCGACGAUCGCGACCUACCGUACGAGACUCGUUUACGACAAGAACGAUACUAAUAGUCGACUUGGUGAUUUGGAGACAUAUCAAAUUACGGGCGAGUACCAGAGCGGCAGCAAUGUGUUGGGGUUGGUGUGCUUCAGUAUCGUGCUGGGCAUCACCUUGGGCAAGAUGGGGGAAAAGAGCCGGCCGCUGCAGGACUUCUUCCACGCUUUGUCUGAGGCCAUGAUGAUCAUUACCGGAUGGGUUAUUUGGCUAUCGCCCCUUGGUGUGUUCUUCCUGGUGACUGCAAAGAUUAUGGAAAUUGAUUCAUUUAAAGAGCUGGUGGGUCGGCUGGGGCUGUACUUCAUGACGGUACUCCUUGGGUUGUUCUUGCAUGGGUUCGGAACCCUGAGCAUCCUGUUCAUCCUGGCUACCAAGAAGCUGCCGUGCCGGUACAUUGCGAAGAUGGGACAAGUCAUGGCUACUGCUUUUGGUACAGCUUCUAGCUCAGCAACAAUGCCAAUUACGAUCGGUUGCUGUGACGACAUGGGCUUGGACCCUCGCAUCACUCGGUUCGUGAUCCCCAUCGGCGCCACCAUCAAUAUGGACGGUACAGCUCUGUAUGAAGCCGUCGCUGCCAUCUUCAUUGCCCAGCUCAGGAAGGUCGAUAUGUCAUUCGGCAAGAUUAUUGCUGUCAGUGUGACGGCUACGGCGGCGAGUAUAGGUGCAGCCGGUAUACCUCAAGCCGGGCUGGUUACCAUGGUGAUGGUGCUGGACACCGUCAACCUGCCCGCCGAGGACGUGUCCAUCAUCCUCGCUGUUGAUUGGUUGCUCGACCGAUUCCGUACAACGAUCAACGUAGUGUGCGAUGCUUUGGGCGCCAUUAUUGUGACGUCACUUUCACAGGGUGACAUUGAGAAAACCCGCGCUGUCAACAACGAUAGGGAUGGGGCACCCUCACACGAGCUCACCGAACUAGAGAAGGGCGACCAUUGAACUGAAAAUAACGGAAAAUACGUCCACCAUUGAUUUGUGUGGACAGACAAAAAGGAAUAACGUUGGAAGAAAAAAAAUAACAGUCUAUUGUCAUCUUGAGUUGUUAAAUUGAUAACGAGUACGUACAAUUUGAGCUUUAAAAUAAAAUCAAAAUGUUUCAUAUCAGUAAUAGUUAAAAACUUAAAAAAGGGCCGAAAGCAUUCUGCUGGCUGCUAUUAGUAAAAAAAAGGCAAGAAUGUGUUUCUGGUUAUUCCAUUUAAAUGCGAUAGUUAUUCAGUGUAAAAAAUAAAUUUAUUGAACGCGUUAUUUUAAAAUAAUAACGUUGCAGUAACCGUUAUUUCGUGAUGAAGGAAAAUGUCUUUGUAUAAAAAUUGAUGUUUUGGGAUUACAAUGAUAAUGGUAUAUCAGUGUAUAUUGCGAAUCUUUAUUAUUUAGGAGAAUUCUUUACUAUUUAUAACUGUAUGUAUAUUAAAAUAUAUGAAACGUAAAUGAGACUCUCUAUCUAUCGUAUUACUCAUUUUGAUGUGCAAAAAUCGGUGUUUGUCGAAAGAUACGUAUAAAAAUACACAUUAUCAGUAUUUAGUAUAAAUACAUUGAAGUAAAUGUUAGAAGGAGCUUACAAUGUGUCGGUGUGUUCUAUAUGUGCCAUUUUAAGUAGCUUUAAAGUAGCUGUCGUUAUGAUGUUUAGAAUUUUCGACUCUAUACAUACUGUAUUACUGUUUAAAUCAGAUUAUUCUAGUAGUGAUUCACAUUGUGUCGCCUAUUUACUACAGUCAUUUAGAAAUAUAGACCUUUACUAUGACAUAGGAAAUGUGUAUCAGCUAUUUUGCUACUACAAAAUUUUUCCUGCCCUUUUCUGAAGCUUUUUUCUUACAAAAUUCAAAUUUGAAUAUGUAACAGAUAAUGUCGAUUUUCGAUUGGAAAAAAAUUCUUUGGAUAUUUAAAAAAAUGUGUAGCUGAAUCUUCCCAUCUAUUUUUGUAUGAAUGUACAUUAGAGUCGAUUGUGUAUGUUUAUCUAGUAAUGUGUUUGUAUUGUAAGUAGGUGAUAUUAAUGUUUAAAAUUGAUUUUACCAACAACUAUGUUGAUUUUGAAAAUUCUUAUUUCAUACGACUCGACCGUUAGUACUUUUCGACAAGUAUUUUUAUUGCGAAAAAGUACUUAAUAUUGCUACAUUGUACUCUUAGUACCAUCUGGUAAAUAAAACAUCCAGUUGUUGAUAAAAUCAAUUGCUAUUAACUUUCAUGGCAUAAUAUCGUGUUUAUAAACGGUGUACGAUUUUAAACGCGUUUGCAUUUCGAGAGUUUUGACAUAGAAUAUUAAGUUUUCUAAGUUGUAAAACGUAAACGAUUGAAUGCAUGAUGUAUGUUGAAAUUACCUGUUUCGCCAUCUUAAUGUAAGUAUUAGUCAGGAUAGUUCGAAAUGGGAACCGCUUAAAACCGUAUGUCAAAAGUAAACAACGAUAACUUGUAGGUUAUAAUUAUAAAGUUUAACGGAACUAUAACGUUUAAAGACAGCCUGCAUUCCACUCGUUUCAAAUGAAUACAUGACACCUAGUGUAUAGCUUCUAUUUAUUUACAUUUGUUAUUAAUUGUUUUAUCGUUGCAAACGAUAUAAAAUACCAUUAAUUAGUGGUUCGUCUUUUGUAUGUUGAUUUAUGCUGUUUCACCGUUUUCUGAUUCGCACAAAUGCAAUAGGUAUUGUCACUUGAAAACAAAUUGGGUCAUUCAGUGAUAUUUGGUCGAAUAUUUAUUAUGAAUUUCGUUUUAUUCAUCAUAAUUGUAUUAGAAAAAAAACCUCUAAGAUUUUGGUAUUAAGAUCAACCUAAAAUGGCGGCUAAAUAAAAUAAUUAGUAUUUAUGUAUUAUAAUUAUUUUUUUUCGAAAUCGGCGAAACAGUCUAGUAUUAUAUGAGUUACUAAGUGAUUCUCUAAAGCAAUUUAAUUUAAUGAACUAGUUACUCGGAUUAGUUACGUCAUAAUUAUAUUAUGUAUGUUAAAAUAAUUUAUUAUAUCGACCACUGCAGAGGGAAAGUCAUUCAAUUGUGGCCAAAUAUUAGUAGUAAGUUAUAAUGACUAUCGUAAGAUAUUUUACCGAUUAAAUUAUGAUAUAUAACCACAUUUAUGUACGUAGAAGUAAUGUUCAUAAUAGUCUCUAGUCCGCACUUUAUCAUUAGACCGUUAUAAUUGAUUAGUAGAAUAAAAUUCAAUGUUAUUAUCGUGGGACGGUGACGAGCAUAUCUGGAAAACAUCGUUAUAUUACAUCGGUAUACAUAGAAUAACUUAUUUUGUUAUAGCUAUCGUUAUCGGUAUGUAUAUGUCGCACUAAGUCUUGUAUUAUUAAAAGUCAUACCAAAUAUUAUAACGUAAGUACAAAUUAUUUAUUGAUGUCGGCUCAUGAUUCCCUGUUUAUAUUUAAUAUGGAUGUUAUUUUAAAUAAAUA